AUGAGAGUCGCUCCGCUUCUCACUUUGCGGGGUUGCACUCCGGGGGCUUCGCCGGGGUCCACCGUGGGGGCAGCAGCCUUUCUGUCUCCUGCGCGUCUUGCGCUAGGAGACAGUGAGGGCCGAGUGUCUCUGUUUGAUCUCGACACGCGGAGACCGUGUCUCCUUCUUCCGGAGGAGAGGAGUAGAUCAACCAGUCGCGCGGCGGGUCUCCGAGCCGCAGUCGGGUCGACCUCCUGGGAGCCGUCGCCGACUUUGCUUCUUGAGGGGCUCGGGGCGCGGGCGGAGCUCUCGCACACCUCUGGCGCAGGGCCAGGUUGGGGUCACGACUUGGACAGAGAAGACAGGGAUUCCAGCGGAGUCGACAAGUUGCUGUCUCAACAGCGGUCGUCUGCGGUGACCCUAUGGGACUUGGAAACGCUGCAAGAGAUCCAGAGCUUCCGGACAGGAUCGUUCUCGUUUUGUCGCCUCGCGGUGCUUGGUCAACCCCACUGCCGGGCGGAGGAGACAGAGAAGAAAGACGAGGAGAGCGAUGAGGACUUGAGACGUGGUGGAGUCGGAGGGUCGAACAAGGGGAGAACCGAUACGUCUGUCGAGAGCGCAUCUACGUGUUUAGAAACCUCGGCACUUUCUGCAGCCUUUGCUUCCCUCCCUUCGUCGAGCUGUUCUCCAGCUUUUUCGGCGCCGUGGAGUUCGCCCUCUGCCUCACAAACGUCUUCGCUCCCUUUGCUGGCUUGUCCCGUCGCAGACGCGGAGGCAAUUGGCGUUUUCGAUCUGCGGGUCUCUCAAACAGGCGCUGUUGGAAAGCCGGUCCUUCUGCUCAGAUCCCCCUUCGCUUCUUCUUCUGUUCCCAAAGUCCCCACCCCCCCCUCCGGGAUGGUUCAGGGGAUAGCGCACGUACCCAGAUUCUCCUCACCUCACAUCAUCGCGGCGUAUGAACUUCCUUGUGUGGCUCUCUGGGAUCUACGUCAGUCUCGCUCGCCUCUCUCGGCCGAGCCUCUUUCUUCCUCUCUCUCUUCUUCUCUCUCUUCUCUCUCUGCUUCUUCUCUCUCUGCUUCUUCUCCGCCGUCCGCUUUGACUGUGCACCGGAACCAGUGCUGGGUAGGGUGUUUCGACGGCCAGGUGUUUGUGUGGAAGCUCCGAAACAACGGGGCCCUUUCGCUUCGCAAGACGCUCCACCUCUUCACCGACAAAGCCCCUGAGGGGUCGACAGGGCCUUCGCUCGCCUCGCAUUCGUCGCCUUGCCUGCCGCACCCCGAAGGCGACUUAGCCCGCUCCAGGUUGCUUGUCUCUGCGGCGUUUCGGCCCGACGGUGCACUUGUGGCAGUGGGUGCGAGCGACGGUGGUGUGCGGCUUUUUGAGACGAAAAGCGGCAGGUUUCUGGGCUCUCUGGAAGCCAGUGGACAUGCAGGCCAAGGCGACAUGGGGGGCGCAGCCAGCGUUCUCGCCUGGUGUCCCCGAACUGGCGUCCUCGCUUCAGGUGGAGGCGUUGGGGGCCGUGUCGCUUUGUGGGGGCUUUACGCAGAAACCUUUCGUCAACGCACGCGGUAGUAGAAUCGAGUCAAAACAGCGCGUCUGUCAGACAGGGUGGCCGUGGAGACCUGUGAAAGGCGACUGCAGAAGAGGCUGCUGUCUGCAUGCGAUGCCGUCCAUUCCCAUCUUGCUGGGGUCUCUUUCGGUCGGACCCCACCGGUCCGCAGUGAGCGAAGAGAUUCAAAGAGUGAGGCAAACGUGGGUGGUACUUUUCAAGUCGAUGACGAGUAAAAAUCCAAGGCCUUCGCCCGCUUUUUAAUGUAGUUUCAUAUGGAGACAAUUCCAUGUGCUAUCAUUGUGGGGUCGCCACCACGUUGCAGAGGGGAUUGUGUUCAUGUCCGUGUUGUUUUUCAGUGUAAAGACUGCUGCUUCGUAGAAGCGGCAUUGCCGGUGAACUCACCUGUCGGAAUGUACCAGCCCCUUUCCGUCUUGUUUGCCGUGUUUGACGUUGGGUAACUCGCUUCUAGCCUCAGCUGCUUCUAGUGUUUGCCAGCGC